AUGCUUAAGAAAUUAAAGGUUUUAUAUACUCGCCAUAAAACCCAGAAAUCAAAGGUAUGGCAUGAUGGAAUGGUAACAAUAUUUGAUACAAAUGGUAUAUAUAAAGUGUCACUGUAUAAGUGUACAGAGGACUGUCAUAAGGGAGAUUUAAUAGAGGCAUACAACAGUAGGCAGUCAUUGGACAAUAUAAUGGGUUCAUUGAAUUUUCAAGGAUAUCUGGUAGAGCUGAAUGAUGAAAAUUGUCAAUAUCAUCGCAAUAUAUCUAAUUUUGAUGUUCUAGUUGGUGUAGAUAAAGUAGUUGAUAGAUCUGCUUCGGCUAUUAAUCAUUCAUCAAAACAUGGUAAUUUGCAUAGGACCUUAUUAACAAAAUUUAAGUGUCCCAAUAUCACUUCUAAAGUUGAUAAGUCUAAAAAUAAAGAUUUGGAAAGUAAUGCGAUAUCUAAUAACAGCAAUUUAGUGAAAAGAGAUAUUAGGAAGAUACAAACUAAUGUCUUCAGGGAACUUGUAGGAUAUAAGCAAUAUCUAAAAACUCUCAGCAUAAUGAAUAUGGAUGUAUUUAAGGAGUGA